CCAACGUGUCACAGGCUGGUAUUUCAGACGGUGUUAGCCAUGUCUGGAAGAGGGAAGGGCGGAAAGGGCUUAGGCAAGGGAGGUGCCAAGCGCCACCGCAAGGUCUUGCGGGAUAACAUCCAGGGCAUCACCAAGCCCGCCAUCCGCCGCCUGGCUAGGCGUGGCGGUGUGAAGCGCAUCUCCGGCCUUAUCUACGAGGAGACCCGCGGCGUGCUGAAGGUGUUCCUGGAGAACGUGAUCCGCGACGCCGUCACCUACACCGAGCACGCCAAGCGCAAGACGGUCACCGCCAUGGAUGUGGUGUACGCGCUCAAGCGCCAGGGCCGCACCCUGUAUGGCUUCGGAGGCUAGACUGGCCCCGCUGCGGCUCCAUCUCACCCCCAUCCCUAACGGCCCUUUUUAGGGCCAACCACAA